AGAUGUUUCUUGUCAUCACAGUGAGCAAGCAAGUCUGACGCUAUAGUCCCGCGAUAAUAUUAUUCAAUAUUACAAUAUACUCACAUAAUAUACUCCGAGGAAAUGAUAAACCAAAGAAGUUUCCGCCUGCUACAGAAACUUACGAGUGGAUCCAAGCAGAACUUUCGCCUGGCACACGGUCAAAGUUCAUCAACUUCGUUGAAGACACUAACAAAACAUUAUGACGAGGUUACCAUCCCAGUUCCCUGGGGUCACAUAGCUGGCAAAUGGUAUGGACCGAAGCAUGUACGUCCGAUUCUGGGCAUGCACGGCUGGCAGGACAAUGCUGGCACUUUCGACACACUCGCACCGCUACUGCCACCGCACCUCUCCUUUCUCAGCAUAGACGCACCGGGUCACGGUCACUCCUCAUGGUUGCCGCCAGGCGUUAUGUAUCACUCCAUAGAUUAUGUUCAGCUGGUUCUGCGUAUAAUGGAGGAAUAUAACUGGAAGACAGUGUCCAUAAUGGCUCACUCAAUGAGCUCCUUAAAUGGCUUCGUUUUCGCUUCACUAUUCCCAGACAAACUGGAUAUGUUGAUUGGUCUAGACAUUCUCAAGCCCCUCAUACGCAGUCCGAAGUAUAUUGUAAAUAUGUUAUCCGAACGCCUAUCGGACUCUCUCAAACUGGAACGUCGAUUACGCAGCAACAGUGAGCCCCCUGCCUACGAAUGGGAUCAACUGGUAGAGCGCCUGCAUCACGGCACGGACAAGUCGGUCGACUUGGAGGCUUGCAAGUAUCUGUUGCAGCGCAACAGUAAACCGUCCAGCCACGAGCCUCACAAAUAUUACUUCUCCCGCGACAAUCGCCUGAAGACCUCUCUGUUCUACACACUCUCCAAUGAGAUGGUGUUGGAAAUGGCAUCGCGCAUCACGGCGCCUCAUCUGUUCAUCAAGGCACUGCAGGCCCCAUACUAUGAGGACAAGAAAUACUAUGAUGCUGCCCUGGAGGUGCUGCGGCAGAAUCCGAAUUUUGAAUAUCAUGAAGUUGAGGGCACGCAUCACGUCCACCUCAAUGAGCCCGAGAAGGUGGCGCCCAUCAUCAACUCAUUCAUAAGCAAAUGCAGACCCUUAUGAGAAGAUGUAGAUAAAAUGAAUUCUCAACUUGUACAUACUUGCUAGUUAUGAUCUAUUGAAUGAUACAGAUAUUCACAAUGUUGUUUGUUGUUUUGUACGCUAUGGUAUUCCCGAAUAUAGUUCAUAAUUGACGAAGAUACAAAUUACUUAAUAAAAAUAGUCUUUGAUGUUUCUAUUUAAUUUAAUUACCGUUGAUACUGGCAAUAACAUUACAGUUAGAGUAGAUUACAAACUUGAAAAUGUCUUGUUUUUCUUUUUAUUUGUUUUUGUUUAUGGAAUUAGCGCUGCUACUAAAAACUAGCCAAUAAAUACCUCGCACAUGUUUAUAAAAUAUAUAUUUCAAAAUGAACAAAAAUCAAUAAUGAUAUUUGUUCUUUUUGUGCGUUGUUUAUUUAAAGUAAAUGUAUCAAAAAAAUGUACAAAACGAUUUAAAAGGAGUUGUAAACCAUGUGAAAAACUGUCGAGUCUAUCAGCCCCAAUCAAUUUUGGACUGAAUUGGAUGUGCACUGCACAUUUGGGAACUAAUAGAGUCAACAUAUCUUAGACAAUCCAACUUAAAAACUAAAUAUUUAAAAUAAAUAAUGUAAUUAUAGAUAAUAUGCUAAAAUCUAUACUCAUGCAUCAACUUAGAUAUUAUGAUUUUUUUUUUGUUUUUCUUCAUAUAUGUAUGUUCCAAUUCAGUCAGCGCUAAGUGUUGGA